GUGGCAUCAGAUCAAGACAUAGGAAGAUUGUAGAUUAUAACAAAUCCGAUGAACACGCCAUUUCCACAGACAGAAGUCAACAUUGAGGCGCUGGAAAAUGUCAAGACACGCUUAUUUCAGCUUCAAGAGUCAAUCCUCUUCUUUCUGAGGUCCAUCAACCCUGAAACGACUCCUGGCACAGUCUCUUGGACAGAAUUGCAUUCAAAGUUUAAUGUGUUGAUUGCAAAAUACCUACAUCUCACAAACCUCGUCAACGACCCACACAACACGCUUCUGCAAUCUUAUACCGUAUUUCCAAAUGAAGCGCCUGCUACAGAUCAGCAUGUUCAGAACUUGAGUGUCCUACUCCGUACAAAGUUGUUACCCGAGCUGGAACAGGAGGCUGAAGAUCGCAUCAAGGAAGGUACCAUUCCAGGGUUAAAUAGUCAAGGAGGUGGUGUUGCUGAGGAUCGAAAGGUUCUACAAGCACUAAAGCUCAAAGUAACAAUGCAUGAUGCGCUUUGCCAAGCGGCAGACGAAAUAUUCGAGAAUCAAAGAGAUAUGAUCAAUACCAGAGUGCGCUAUGAAUCAGAUGAUGAAGGACAGGGCGAUAUAAAUAGCAAAACAACACAAAGAUCAGGUGACAAGAUGAAAGAGCCAUCCAGCAAUAGCAAUACUGUUCCUCCGGUAGAUGAUUUCGCCAUUGGUAUGGUAGAUAACGCGACAUCUAUUCGUUAUAUGAGCGAAUGGGGUGGGACUUUACAUGACGUAGAUGGUUAUACUUCAGAUGAAUCUGCCGAUGAGGCUGCUAUUACCGGAAUUCCCAAAAAUGGAAUAGAUCUGGAUGAUAGCUAUUUUGAGGCGCGGAGGCAGGACUUCAGCAGUGGUGACGAAGAAUCAAGUCAAAGUGACAUGGAGUCUGUACAAGAUGAUCAAGGAAGCGAGGAUAUACAAGAAGACGAGGACAAGGAUGAGGAGGAAGAGGAAGAGGAAGAAGAAGAAGAGGAUGAUGAGGAUACGUUUAUGGAAGUCAGGACAGGGAGCCAACCGAUAGAUGUAGAUUCCGGCCCAAGUAGCAUGCAAAUGGCGGAGGAUGUGUUCCACGAGGAUGCUGGCAAUUCUGGUGAUGAAGAAGAAAUGGAGGAGGUCAUGUAACUAAAGAUCUAGCACUUUCUCUUGUACACUUCUACAAGGCUGU